AUGAGAAACUACUUUCUAAAAAACGUAAAAUUUUUUUGCCGGGAAAAGCAAAACGAAAAAGACGAAAAGUGUCAUCUGAGAUGUCUUUUGAAAAAAAAAAAUAGGUGGAUUAAAAUUGGCAUUUACGGUAAUGCAUUAAGCGGAAAAGAUCGAUGAAG